AUGCCGUAUCUUCUCUCUCGUUCUAUUCUGAACUUGUUAUCCUGGUGCUCUAAAGCUCCAAAAGGAGAGGGAGAUACCUACAUAGAAAAGAAGAAGGACAAGAAGAGGGUAAAAUACUUGCUUAAAUGUCUAGAAGAUGAAGCUGAGCAAUUAGAGAGAAGCAACCUCACUGAGGAACAUGGAAACGCCUUGUGCUCACUGACAGCACCCAGAAUAGCACUAAAAGGAAGAGGCCUGCCUCACCUUCACAUACUGGCAUACAAGGCGCAUGGUAGCAUUAUCAGGAUUAGAUUGUCUAAAAAGGGUGUGCAAGGUGAGACAUCAGCUUCCAAAGAGAAGCACUUGCCUAAGCUUGCUCAACAAGAAGCAGAAGUUACUGCCAGGACAAUUGCCGAAAGAGCCAAUCCAUUGUCCAAUACUACAAACAACCAAAGUUGUCGUCCUUCUCUACCAAUUGUAGUGCCAAGUGCAUCUACCUCUGGGCGGAUCAACAGUGUGACUGUGGACAGGGCAACUCCAUCAUGCUCCAAAGUGGAAGAGAACAGCAUAGAAUUUCAGUACAAGAAUUUGAUAGAGAACUGGCGUCCACCAAGUCUGCAAAGUGAUCAUCUUGAUGUUGAUGAUGAUCAAGCGUGGCUAUUCCAAGGAAAACCUAAGCAAAGGAGAGUGGAGGAAACAAAUGUAUGCAGCAAUGACACAACUUGUGGAAGCUCUGCGUUGUGGCCACCGGCGCAAUACAUUCAUGAUGCUGAUUUGUAUGCAUUGCCCUUCACAAUUCCGUUUUGAACCAUUGCAACUGUGUAUAGUUGAUU